AUGUUAUCCGAAUCUUCUCUCUCCAAUACCUCAUUUGUCUUUGACCUACUUGAUAUAACUAUUGUGUUGCCCUUUGACGUGACUCAGUCGUUGUAUAUUAAAUCACGCAAAUUUAAAAUUUAUAAAACUAGAAAAUACGAAUUUUCGGAUAUUUAGAAGUAUUACAAAAUAAAUAUAUCAAUUAUAAUUCAAUAAAAAUCCCAAAAAUAGUGGUAAUUUUCCAGGUCGAUCACAGGGAUGUAAUAUAAUAUCUGGUAAUUAUUCAGAAUUUUUCUCAAUGGGUACGAUUUUCUUACGAAUUUUAUACUAGGAAAUAAAAAGGAAAUAUAUUUAAAAUUCACAAAAAAAAAGGAGGAAAUAAGGGUGCGGACGUCAGGAUGACGUCAGCUCCCGGCGAACGCGAAUCAGGCGGAAACAGAGUUCCGCCCGGCGAUUCUUACGUAGGCGAUUACAGACGACUCAAUUAAUCAAAUUAAGAUCUGUAAAAGCCGGAAGAAUCGUAAUUGAACGAAGUAUAGUUUGGUAAAUAAAAAUCAACAAAGUAUCACUAAAUGAUGCGUAAAUUAAAUUGAAAGCAGGAAAACAGAGUUCCGGCGUCACGACGGCGAUGCGUCGGCGAUGCACCGGAAUCCUGAGCGUUCGGGAGGGUCGUCGUGCAGUGUCCACGGCCUCGAAGGCUCUCCUUGGACAAAGACGACGUGGGCAAUCUCUAGAUAAAGCAGGAAAACAGAGUUCCGGCGUCGCGACAGCGACGCGUCGGCGAUGCACCGGAAUCCUGAGCGUUUGGGAGGGUCAUCGUGCAGUGUCCACGGCCUCGAAGGCUCUCCUUGGACAAAGACGAUGUGGGCAAUCUCUAGAUAAAGCAGGAAAACAGAGUUCCGGCAUCGCGACGGCGACGCGUCGGCGAUGCACCGGAAUCCUGAGCAUUCGGGAGGGUCGUCGUGCAGUGUCCACGGCCUCGAAGGCUCUCCUUGGACAAAGACGACGUGGGCAAUCUCUAGAUCUUCUCGCGAAGUCUAGAGACCAAUGAAGUGGGUCGUCGAAUCGUCUCCGGCGGCUGUCACCCGGCGGAGCGGAAAAACGGCGACUUUGCGGCUCUCCGACGGCUGUCACCCGAUGGAGAGGGGCUGGAUGGAGGUGAGGCGCGUGUUAGGGAGCUUCAUCCUCAGGUCCGCACAGCAAGAGGAGGCUCUUCAUCGCAUCUGGUACGCUCUCAGGAAGUGGCGACUGGUCUCCCGGCGGAUCGUCCUCUUCCCGACGACGGCUUGUUCGCCGAUCAAUUGGAGAUGA